AUGUGCCUUGGUUCGCUUCCGGUCAUUAUGAUGUCAUCUUGCCAUCGGAGCCAGGUGGGUGAAGAGGAGGUGCCGUAGGUGCUGUGCAAGUCGGUCUCAUUUAAAAAUAACGAACGAGUAAGUCGACGGUGCUGCGUUCACUUCGUGAGGCAUACGGUGUACGUCCUCGCUUUUGCAGUUGAACCAUCACAGUCAGACGUGACUUUCGCAUAUAUCUCACGGACGAUUGCUUGAAUGUUGCUAGAGGCAUCCUGGAAGUGCUAAAAUCCAUUUCCCCCAGCCUAACAUGCAUCACUAACUGAGCACGACAGGCAGUAUGAACCCCUGUCUUAACCGGCAAAUUGCUGGGUCAUCUUGGUCUGAAUUUGGCCCAUAAGUUGUCGACGGCGAAUCUAAGUCAGAAACUGCCCUUUUAAAUAUACUCAGAGCGUCACAGUUACCAAUCCAAGUCUCCAGUAGAGUGAUAAGACUGAAAGCAUCAGAAUAAGAAAUUUAAUUAAGCAGAGAACCAGGGACCGUCCGAAUGCGCGCUGGUACCCAUGCUGCGAUCGAGAGGUUAUCGCUUCUGGAACCUAUAGACAGUUCGAUCGUCGUGACUGACGAUGUCCACUGAGUGCUGCACAGCAGGCUGAGAUCAGGGGCGGUGACCUGCGCAUGGAUUAGUUUGCAGUGAUGGUAGACUUGCGCAGCGCCUAGCUCACUCUCCCAUCCUCUCCACCUGGGUCCGGUGUCAAGACAGAUUCAGAUAGAGCGGAGGCGAGAGAGAUAGACCGUCAGAGGCUGGCACGGCGGAAAAUGCCGCCCCCGGAUCCCUAUGUACACAGACCAAGAUUUUAUACCACAAGGAAAAGUGAGGGAGUAGCACGGAUUCCAACGAGUCCGGCGUGAGCCUGUACAUGGGCGUGCCAUCACACCCCAAUGUUAGCACUUGUUAUGGGUAAGAAUUCCCGACAACCACCUCUGGAAUCCGCUCUAGUUCCCGCGUUGGUGGAGGGCAUCUACCGCGUGACCCGUUCUAAGGGACAAGGAACCUAUCGCUUGCACGGCGGAUGAUUACCUUAACGUAGCGGGCCCCUAAGCAGGCACCGCAAUGAUGGUUACAUCGAGGUACAGUCAUGCAAAUAACCUCUGGAGGAAGCGAAGAGACGAGUCCCAGGAAGUAGUCUUGAAGAAGGAGGCACGACCCCUGGGACAAGAGUUUUAUUAGCCUGACGUUUUGGAUUCCUGCUCGAGCCCAUCAUCACAGAAAACAGCAGAUACAGGUGGUUCAUGCACAAGGGGCUGCAGUAUUUAUAGGAUGCAGUAGUCAUGCUACCGCAUACCUAUGAAUAUUCACGGCUUCCCCUUCAUCCGGGAUCGUUGCACUCGGUGUGCUGGCAAUUUGAUGGCCGACAUUCGCAUCGUUAAUUUCAGCAAUUUAAUCACGUGCGUUCGAUGUUGGUGUGAUGAUUGCUCGACCUGUCUGAUCCACCGGCCCUGGUGUUGGGAACAGUGUUCACCUAUGCACUCCCCGCGUGGCUAAUAACUCCGCUUAGGCAAAGUCUCAGCACUGAGUAUGGAAGGGGAAGGUCAUUGCACUUGUUACUGAACUGGGGGCCAGUAAAUAAUGACUCAGGCAGCUCCCGGCCCACGCGGUUGUCACAUCCUGCGAGAAUUUCGGCCUCCUCAAAUUCGAAUGUGUGGCCGUAUCUCGUCGACUCAGCCGAAACUUGAUAGCUGGCGUCAUUUCUCCGCACCGCCGCCACGUGUUCGGUCAUUCGCGUUCGGAACUGCCUUCCGGUUUCUCCGACGUAGUUGCUUUGUCCGCACCUGCACCAGUUCCAAUAAGCGACUCCAGCCGGUUCUCGCCGUGGCUGCGGGUCUUUCGGUUUCAUUACCAGACGCCUGAUGGUUGCCUCCGGUCUGUGUGCAUCUCUUGUCCUAGCGAUCGUGUUUCCUUCUUCAAAACCUCUGGAGGAAUUAUUUUGCUUUUUUACCCCUUUAGGUGGCUCUCCUUGACUGUCCAAACUUAAACAGCUAUCCAAUGACCCCGGAGGUGGAACGUGACAUUGAGGUGGCGCGAUGUGGUGCUCUGGCACUCUGGUCCUGCAGCAAAUCCGCGAGGUCCAAGGUGGCGAUGAAGAAGGCCGGUGUUAUUUCCCUGUUGGCACGCCUUCUCAAGUCUCCUCAUGAGGCCAUGCUCAUUCCGGUAGUGGGAACGUUGGAGGAGUGUGCCAGCGAGGUGAGAAGUAUUCACUGCUCUUUCCAACUCUUUAGAGUUUUACUUACGUACCCUGCAACUUACAGACAUACAACCCGAGUCACAGAGGUGAAAAGACUUAAAGCCCAUGCCUGUUAGCCGACACAUUUCUUGUCAUCUCACCGACUUGUUUCUAUCUGGUUCGGCUUUGUUCAUGCCUAAUAUAGCUGAUUUAAUUUUCCGAGAGGUAUUUUGGACUUGCCACACACCUGGCUGUCUCAAGAACUGCAAGACAGUGGUGGUAAAUGAGAGGAACUUAAGUCUGCUGUGUGACAAAGUAACCAAAGGACUUUGCGGUACCUUAUAGGACAACCAAUGUGCCCGAUCGCAGCUCUACGCAUCCAGGCAGCGCCGUGAGUGGUGCUUUCGCUGAUCGCCAUUUUACCCCCUCCGCGGGUAGCGAGAAGCUAGGCUAACGGCCAGACCUGGGUGUUUCGCAUAAUCUGCGCAGCAAAUUAUAUCGGAUAGGGUUCCCCACAGCUGAUCGAAAUCGAUUGAAAUCGUGGCGUGAAAGCUCCCUUCUUUGAGCCUCCACCGAAAAUGAGAAAUAGAUAGAAAAAACGAGUAAAGGAGAACUUGUUUACCAGUGAGGACUGUCAGCUAUACUAGCAGCAAGAGGACGCCAUGUGCGGCCUUGUUUCAAGCAGAGCUAUUGGGUGGUGUCCACAGCCUGACAGACGAUUCUGUUUGCUUUAAUCAGGGUUAAAGUCAGAAUAAUUGGAAAACUUGGGUCCGUGGAUUAAACGGCAGGCUGUUUGGCCAAAACCCCUAUCGGUCAAAUGACCCACGACCUGGGGUUCAGGCAGGACUGAUUGCUGUUGGUAGUUAGGUCUUAAAUUCUACCCCUUAUGUAGCCUUCUCUAUCCCACUCAUUAGUGACUCAUUCAGUUAUCGAAGUCAAUCAUGGGCAGUACACUGAUGGGCCGCCUUGUGCUGCUUUCAGGGUAAUUGGCGUCAAGGUGUAUCAGCACGGCUGGCAAGUUAGUCAAAAAGUUACGAAUUUUUCACGGUUCAGGACAACCAGUUUUGGCCUGUCUUCGAUCCAGAGGUUCCAAUAUCACUAGUUGCAGAACAGUACCGAUCAGACAUGUGAGUAAGGAACCCCCAGUACUGCGGGUGACCUUAUGCUAAAUUUUAUGGGGCACUUCUGCCGUGUGUCAACUUUAACUAUAAUCCGUACGCUACCCGUAAUCCCAUCUCUAACAAUAACCCGACACUAGUCUAAACCCUUUUGGAAUUGAGUGCAGAGCCGCCAGCAGUACAGGACGUCCUUAUUUCCGCGCCUAAUCACUAUGACCGUGCAGACAGAGCGUCGAUGUUAGAAGUGAAUGUGACUUUUGCGAGCUGGACGAAUGCUCUAUCAUCCAACCUUCAUCCUAAAAAUGGUCAAUAAAAGCAUUUUGUCCCAUAUGUCCGCCUGCACGAUUGUGGAUCGUACUUUGGGGACGGCACGCAGCUAAGAUUAGAGACCAAAUGCAAGUGUAAGACUGAUUGAGAGUCCACGACCUCGGAGUUGCUGGUUGAAACGUCCACACUGUUCUCCAAAAAAACAACGCGCCAUCCGCUAACCCGUCUGACCCAACCGUUGUUCAGUGAGCUACGGCGCUUCAUUAAGUGGGAAUAUUAGAGAACCUCGAACAUAUUCUCUAAAAUCAGGCAACUGCUUGAAACCUCGAUAUUGAACGCACGUAGACGGUAGGGGCAAGCUUCCUCGGCAACAUUUGGUGAUAAGGCCUUAUUUACCGCAAUUUCACAGCGUUCCUGACUUCCCACAUUCCUGCAGUCUCUCACAAGGUUUUUCGAGGUGCCAUAGCUGAUAAUGAGAGGUUUUCUAACACAGUCAGCGAGACAGAGCUAACAGGACAGGACCUACUACGGAAAGGGAGGAGCCAGUCGGCAAACCGAGCGCUGAGUCACACGCGACGCAAGUGGUGAGCCGUCGAGGUGGGUUCGGUUGCUGUUACCACCCCGAGUAGACCGCUGCAGGCCCACCAAUCACAGUUGUCCGUCGCUAUUGGACGUCAGGUUACUGCCUAGGCUACCGACAUACUAAGAUGCGCAGUUUUCUUCACUCCGACUUUUGUAGGAAACAUUUCAUUUGAUGUCGUCGAUUUGUAUUCUAAUGUUGGCCAUAGCGUUCCUAAGUGGUGAGGACGCCGAACGUCUUAUACCUAUCAAAGUCGCCCCGUGUCUGCUUUUUACCAAAUGUAGGCUCUGACCAUUAAAGUGCCAAUAAUGACAUUUUGAUCCCUUAUCUGCGCCAACAUCAUUCCCUUUUAGCAAAGUUACAGGGUGGCCAUCAGGACGGAGGGUAUGAUCGAGGACCUUGUUGCGAAUCUUAGAAGUGACAAUCAGGAGUUGCAAAUGCAUUGUGCAGCAACAAUAUUCAAGGUAAGAUGUAAAUGUUCUCCAAAAUGAAAACAUAACUUUCUUUACCUAAUAAUCGUCCGCGGGUCCGGGGGUAGUCAAAACGUGAUGGUUGUUGUUUAAAUCAAUCAAAAUAUUACCUUUUUAAGAGGUAUGUUGUAAGUAUUAAUUGCAAUUCUCUAGCCUCUGUACCGAAAAAAAUCACGUAUGAGCAUGGCCUUGAGAAGUCACAUCCGUAGGUGUUUGAUAAUUGUUCAUUUGUAAUGUUAUGAACAGACGUUUGUAAGCAAAUCUAUGUUUUAGGGCUGUGUGUAGGCUGUCUGCAAAGCAGCUGGUAAGUUCUUCAAGGUGGCCUAUAGAAACAAACAGUUAAUCAGUCUUUUGUAGCCUGCCACCUGAAGCAACGAGGGCAACGGUGUCCUAUGCGGGGAUAAGUUUUCGGCGAGCUUGUGUCCCUGCAAAGGGCUGCGCCAUAGAUGCGUUAAAACACAAUGAAAAGUUCAAUGGGCUCACAACACGCGUUUAUCGAAUUGUGCUGUCUCAGCCACCGCGUCCAAUCCCACCACACGUUGGCCGAAAUGCACGAGCAGCAGACGGGUGCCUUUGAGGGGGAAUGGGGUUGACACUAGGGAAUCCAUCCUCAAGGCACAUCGCGCAUUCCUCACUAACAAUAAAUCUGAUGUGUUUGAGUCCAUCACGAAACGCUAAAAGUUGUGGCUUGGAAGACUGUCAGCAGACAGGUUAACUGGCUCCUUAUCAGGAUUAAGAGUCCUGUUGCAAUGGCUGCUUACUAACGUGGUCCCUAUGGCACCCCCGAGUAUGUGAGAAUCUAAUCCCCGUCACAGUAUCCCGGCACACAUGGAGCAAGGAUCAGAUCGUAUGUGUAGAAUGCAUAGACCAGCUACUUGGCUUUGUCUACCACUGCUCCCACACUCCCCUAAUAUUGUCUUGGCGUCUUCGUAACAUCGGAACAAGGUGGGUGUGGUAGGAGUGGGUGCGGUAGACGCUGCGCAAGUCCCCAGUGUUGCACCAACUCUAGGGGACGCGCGUGGACGCUACCGCUUCUACUGACCAAACUGUCAGUGAGGGAGACGUGCGCUGACCGAGCUCUGCCUGUCUCUCUUUUUCCCCAUUCGCCAUGCACCAAAGGCAGGCCCAGUUGAACUUGAUGUCGGAUAAAUCGGGAAUGAGCAGUUGAGUUGGCGGAAUUCACACUCACGCUUCCCACGCACGUUCUGGUAUCGACACACACACUAAGCAGACUUCAAAGUAGGUUUCCUAUCUCCUUCAGAAGAGAGUUUUCACGAAGGUAACAUUAUUAAUUCAUCAGUGCAGACCGAGGUGCAGUACAAGGUCUUAGAGUGUUUGUUGUGAGAAAGAUGAGCAUUAGUUUCGCAUAGGAUAUGACUCACCAACUCUCUUCCAGUAGUAAGUCCGGCUCUAGUCCAUUGGAGAUAAGAGUGGGCGCAGUGGAUGACCUGGCAUGAGCCGCUGUCUAACGCGUGUCACGUACACGUGUGGGUCCAACCUAACAUCCGGACCUGAGGAGCCGCGAAAUCUCGAAGGAGGGGACACGAUCACUGGGACAAGAGCUUUAUUAGUCUGACGUUUCGGAUUCCUGCUCAAACCCAUCAUCCGAGACAAAAGCAAAUACAGGUGAUUCAUGCUCAAGGGGCUGAAGUAUUUAUAGAAUGCAGUCGCCAUGCUGCCGCAUACCUAUGAACGUUCACGGCUCCCCCCUUCAUCCGGGAUUGUCGCGCGUGGUGUGCUAAUUGUUCGAGGGCCGACAUUUGCGUCGUUAAUUGCUGCAAUUUCAUCACGUGCGUUGGGUGUUGGUGUGAUGAUUGCUCGACCAUCUGACGCGCUGACCCUGGAGUUGGGAAAAGUGUUCACCUGUGCGCUCCUCUCGUGGCUAAUUACUCCGCCUAGGCGAAGUCUCCGCACUGAGUAUGGUAGAGGAAGGUCACUGCACUUGUUAAUGGACUUGGGGGGGCCAGUAAACCAUGACUCAAGCAACUCGCGGCUCACGCGGUUGUCACCUCUUGCGAGAAUUUUGGCCUCAUCGAAUUUGAAUGUGUGGCUGGAUCUCGUCGAAUGAGCCGCAACUUGAGAGCUGGCAUCCUUUCUCCACACCGCUGCAGCGUGUUAGGUCAUUCGCGUUCGGAGCUGUCUUCCGAUUUCUCCGAAGUGGUUGCUUUGUCCGCAAGCGCACCAGGUCCGAUAAACGACUCCCGAUCCACAAAUGUGUCAAAUCCACCCACACACAACCCCAGGUAAUCCCGUAUAUACUACUUGCAAUUAUCUCAGCGCUGCCUUUUGUGGCUUUUGGAGUAAAACGAACAUUUUGUUGAAGUGCGCCGCCGACGCCGAGACACGCGACCUUGUCCGACAUCACGGUGGCCUGUCACCCCUGGUUGACCUGCUAUCACAACAGGACAACAAGGAGCUUCAAGCCGCUGCGACGGGAGCUGUCUGGAAGUGCGCGAUCUCGCCGGAAAAUGUCGCGGAGCUGCAAAAACAGGGCAUCAUCGAGAAACUUGUUAAGCUGUUGACAGAUCAGCCUGAAGAGGUACGUCCGGACAUUUUUCCCUUAAAAAAACACUAAGCAUGAUGAAACCACGGUAGCUAGCAGGCGAGUCAACCGUAGGUGUGUUCUGUUGUCCAAUCAGAACCUUCCCAGAAUCUAUUCAGAAGUUGAAGCCAGGGUUUGGGUGUGUGGACGAUUCUCUUAUGUAUGGAGAGAUGCAAGUAUAGAAAGUAGGCUCCUGACCGCCACUCGGGAGUUGGCAAUUUAAAAACAUCGCUCUUAUUGCCUCCCUUCUAGCUGUGUAGGGCAUUGUUAGCUGACUGCUGACUCUGUGAGAUUUGAUUUAAAUUAAUUCAUUUAAACUGAAGGCAGGUCCCUCGUAAAGACCUUUGGUAGAGUAUUCACCUUAACCGACCAUUUUCCAGAUGGUUGCAGUAAGAGCUAACACCAGCUGCCCACGCCCUUUGAAAGAGGGAAGGAGGGAGAAGAAGGGGCAGUAAGCGACAGUGAGGGUUAGGUGGCGGCCUGUCACGGGGGGGGGGACGGGGACGCGGAGACAUGCAUGCAGUUAAGCAAUCUCUGCCCACGGCGGAGUCUUGACCCGGGCUGAUGGCGCAACCAUUCACGUCACUUCUGGUUGCACAUUUCACACCUCACUUCUCCCGUUCCUUACUCCUUCCUCCUUCCCCUCCUCCUCCUUCCCCUCCUCCUCCUCCUCCUCUCCCUCCUUCCUCGUCCUUCCUCCUCCUCCUCCUCCCCCUCCUCCUCCUCCUCCCCCUCCUCCCCUCUUCUUUUUCUUCUACUGCUGCUGCUACUACUACUACCACCGCUGCCACCACUACUACUAUCACCACUACCACUGUUACUACUAGCACCCACCCCUGUCUCCAUCCCCUCCCCCCUUCUUAUUUCUCCACCAAAUUUGAAGUAGUGGUUUAUCUUUAUGCAGUACUGACUUCGCAGUGGAACCAUAUUUAGCCUAACUGUUUAGAAGUGUAGGCUGAAGUGCCCAGGCGCGUUCUCAGUUGGACAAUGCUGCCCAGGUUACUUUGUAGUAAGAAUACGCUCGGAGCACUGUUCACUACAAUCCACCCAUAAGCGUAUCCUGAAUUCUUCUGGUGGUUUAUGGACCAGUCAUCUAGAAGAAUUCCCCUGCAUUUACGGUCAGCGCAAGGACAGUUAGAGCAUACCGAAAUGACUUCUCAGUACCUCAAAAUUGCACAUUUUAAUGUAUGUCCAUCUCAAUUGUUUGCUUGUUGGCAGCUUACGCCGUGUGGCCGAAGGAAAAAAAUGAUAGUGGUAACCUCGUACGGCAACAUAGUGGGAAUUGACGUUUAUCGAUGCGAUACAAAAUAUGCUCAUAAUGACGUACGCUUAUACGGGCAAGACUCAAUACUUGAUGAUAAAAUGUUUACUUGGAAUUUAGCAGUUUCGAAAUUUGCGGGUUAAAAAGGGAUUGGUUAUGUCGGUAUCCUCCACACAGGCACUAUGAACAGCACUGAGCAAUCAUGCUGGAGUUGUGAUUGGGGUUUCCGCCUUCACGGGAUACAGUUCAGGUCGGAGUUUGAUUUAAAUUGGGGUAUGGUUAUAUACCACUCCAACUAAUGACUAAAACUGCAGUUUUUAAGCCCAGGCUUUGCUUCCUGUUUACCUUAACAGAUGAAGAAUUACCUAUACGUAAACUCCGUAUCGGCGCGUGUGAAACUCGUUAGCAGGACUGAAAAAGUAAUAAAUUGUGGUGUUGUGAUUGCUUUUACUUCGCCUGUUAUCGCUUUUUGGACGUCUGAGAGCUAUUGCCGUUAUCGUUGCAACGUGCCCAUUUACUUGGUUUACUUUGGAUUUAUUUCGUUUUUGAUUGGUGUGUUAGUUACGGUUCAGGUAUUUGUCGCCAGACAAAAUUUCAGCCCACUUGUGCAUAAUGGACCACCUCUAUGAAAUAUAGCACAUCUAUUUGACACAAGCUUUGCGUUUAGUAGCAUAUGCCCCUUCGUUUGCAACAUCGACUUGUCAACGUAACCGUGGUCUCGUCUUUAAGCAAGGCUCCUAUCCACUGAGAACCCAGAAGCUGAUUGCUCAAAUGUCCAAAUAUAACCAAAAUGCCUGGUCAAAGAAGAUCGAAUAUACCGUGAAAUGCGCAGAGGUUGACCUUGACUUCGCUGCUUUUUAAUUUCCUAAGAAACCAACUGCGAGCUUGGAGUAGAUUAGUUUAUUCUAGGUCUAUAGGCUCAGACCGAAGUUUCUAUGUAUGAAUGUUUGGGCUGAAGUCCAUUAGCCACUGCGGAUAACCGCGUAAUAUUCAUAAACUGUCGACAGGCAGUAGUAUACUUUAGGGUAAGGAGAUUCGAUACUAACAGCACAGGUACUAGCUGAAAGCCCAUACACGCGUGUUUCGCCGAUAUUCUGCCGCUGCAUGGCACAGCUGCGAGGGGUUCGGCUCUUCAGUGGGUCCCCAGCAUUUGCCGUCUGCUUUCUGGUAGAUACUCCAAUUUAGAAAUUUUCGCUUUUUAAUCUCCUCAGAAAUUACCUGCAAACUUGGAGUAGAUCAGCAUAUUCUAGGUCUAUAGGCUCAGACGGAAGUUUUUAUACAUAAAUAUUUGGGCCGAAGUCCGUCAGCUACAGCGCCUAUCUUGUUGAAGACAAAAAACGAUUCGAUUUUCAUGUCAAUCCCCCGUCAGUACCAAGAGAUGCGACCUCCACAUCGACCACGCCGAUGAACCCGGCAUAAUUUGCCACUGGCGCUCGGUGUUUGAGUGUUUGGGGCAGAUUUUGUGUUUUUUUUCGAUGAGCAAGUUCUGCUCCGCGGUUUCCGUUGUUUUUUUCAUCAAAAGUUAAGGCCGCACCUAAUUGAAGACACUUUUAUCUGUGCUCUGGCCAGGUCCUGGUCAACGUUGUUGGUGCGUUGGGUGAAAUGGCAGCCGACGUGAAAAAUGUCAAUCUGAUCAAACGAACCAACGGCAUUCCACCACUGGUGAGUCUUCUCACCGGCACAAAUGAGGAACUCCUGGUGAACACUACUCGAGCACUUGGUCGCAUUGCUGUGGAUCCGGACAGUGUACCGUAAGUUCCAGCGCUUUCCUUGAAAAUCACUCUGCGUACAUAAGCGUGAGAGUCCAUCUCCCAACCGGUACUGUCUUGCUUCCACAAUUGGCUUACGCGCCAAACUUGCAGGCGAAUUACAUGUCCCAUAGAAACCGUACUCGGCAUUUUUACCAUUGAGUUUCGAUGGUGUUGCAAACUCAAAUAUAUUUUGGAGAAACCACAAACAAAAUUGGGCUUUCUUUUAGUCUUUUGACAGAUAACCACGUUGUCUUUAUAUUUUAUACCCGAGGAAGGAAUAUAAUGAGGUUUCAAAAAAGAUUCCAAUUAUGGGAUUUUUUAAGACAACGCAAUGUUCAUUCACAUAGCAUCUAACCUGUCCGUUUAUCACUGCUCCUCAUGAAAUGUACAACAUAGUCUGCAUCCAUUGCAAAAUUUUAUGAACUCUAUAUGAUAUCUUUUUAAAGGCAUAGAAGCAUAUAUGAUUUUCUUUGCGCGGAAUGCAUGCACCUUUUAGACUAAAACCACUAAGCGCUAAUGCGCUUUGUUGUAUUCAACAAAAUGCCCUAACUAGUUUAAUUGUGGUCUGGCCAACUCAGAGGGAGUGAUGAGUGGCUACUUUCGGUUCGCUGCGGGAAUGUGGACCACUCCCCGUGCUGUGGGUGGCCUUGCAUCAAAUUCUACGGGAGGAGGGGGGUACCUAUUCCCCUGUCAAAACAUCAACCCUACACUUUCGCAUUCAGUGCAAGGCCACCUGUAGUGGGAUGGGUCCAUAUUCUUAUGCCCUACCAUUGUUUUAAUUUGAAAACACUUUAUGUGUCUGUCAUAUUUCGCAGCAUCAUUGAUCGCAACGACGGAAUUCGCCUUCUGUGGUCGCUGUUGAAGAACCCAAAUCCCGACGUUCAGGCUAAUGCCGCAUGGGCACUGUGUCCUUGCAUUGAAAACGCAAAGGUGAGGAUUUGUUAAAUCAGCCCAUGAUGUGGCCACCAUUUUUGCCGAACAAUUAAGUUUUCGAGGGCGAGAAUUUUGGGCAUUAAAGUGUCUGUUGAUUAGCUCAAAUGGGAAUGAUAUCGCUUACGUCUCGCAUUUUCUUAAAAGCUGUUAGGACUGCUUACACGUAACCCUUUUCCCUACCUCAUUGGGUGCAAGUCUGUGGAGAGUACUCGUAGACGGAAUCUCACUAGAUUCACGUACGUUCUAUAAAUGAACAUGUUUAACCCGUUUGGUGGGUUUAUGUGCAAAAUUGGCCAGUAUUCUGACGUAAAUACUUGAUACAGAAAAUAAAGUUGCUGACGGGCGUUUCACCGAGACUGUGAGUUCUCAGUCUGUCUACUUUUUAACAUCUUUGAUCUUUUGGUACGCUGAUGUAUCCCACUCGGGAGCAUUUGGGCAAUUCUAGUGCCGGUAAUGACUGUGGGAACUUAUAAGCUCUGUACGUUUAAAGCAUUAAUGAAACGCGAGAGUGACGAUAAUUUCCAGUCAACAGCGCCUGCUCAACAGUUUCAAUCCGUCCACUUGAACGAUUAUGGUUUCACAGCACCGGCCCCGAUGGCGGAUGUCACUUCCUAUUGGACGUCAAAACCACCAGCACACCGUUAAAAAGCUCUUAAGGACAGACUUUCAGGGGCAAGUUUUGAGUACGCUUUCCUGGUCCCAAGUGGAAGUACAUGGAUUUCAAUAGCCUUUCUUUUGCAUACAAUUACUUCACCUCUUGGUCUGUGCGUUUCCCGGCCCCACCUGUAAAAUGCCCCAUUACCACCAGUCCCGUAUUACAGAUGGCUGAGGUUUGUUUACUUCAGGUGUGACUACAUAGCCAUAUCCGUUCGAUAUUUUAUAUAACGGAGUAAUUUAAAUGCAGAUAAAAGUGCAAAAAACAUGAACGCGGAAUCAUUGGAACAGCAAAUACAUUAUACUUAGCUUCCGGUCCCCACUGUAUGCGCAAUGUGGGUACUGAAAGUAAAACAAGCCGAAGGGGAAUGCUGAAACCGUUGGUGGGGGAAGUAGUCGGGGCUGGAACGGAAAUGGCAACCUGAUGUAUGAUAAGUCUGCUGCGAGAAUCUCCGCAAAAGACCUGGCUGACAGGGCACGCGGGGCAGCAACGCCCAAGCCUAAAUGUAGCCACAAGAAUAAACCUAAUGUUAAUAUUAGGCGGCGACCACCGAUCGUUCUUACGGAACUCACUCGUUCCGUUGUGCCUUAUGGACUCUCUCUCUCGAGCCCAACCAGCAGCCGCACAGCGGCGCAUGAUAUAGGCAGAAUGAUAUUACCGACAAAGACAAGGGAGACUGGAAUGGCCAUUUCUGGCUUAUUAGCCGUUGUCAGCCAGUCAUACCCAACCCCGAAGUGUGGCACGCCCGAGGCUCGAACUCGCGACCUGUUUUUUAGAAGUUCACGCCUCUAACCACUGAGCCACGAGCACGUUGCCAUGUCGGUUUUCGAUCGGGAAUAACCAAUGUUAGGGGGCGCUCACCGAUCAUUCUGCAUGUAUCAUGCGCCGAAAUGUGACUGCUGGUUGGGCUCGAGAGAGAGUCCAUAAGGCACAACGGAACGAGUGAGUUCCGUAAAAUGAUCGGUAAGCGCCCCCUAACAUUGUAUAUUCCCGAUCGAAAACCGACAUGACAACGGGCUCGUGGCUCAGUGGUUAGAAGCGUGAACUUCUAAAAAGCAGGUCGCGAGUUCGAGCUCCGGGUGUGCCACACUUCGGGAUUGGGUAUGACUGGCUGACGACGGCUAAUAAGCCAGAAAUGACCAUUCCAGUCGCCCUUGUCUUUGUCGGUAAUAGCAUUCAGUAAACCUAAUCCUUAACGUUAUUAUAAACCUAACGUUAAUCCUAAACUUAACACAAACCCUAACCCUUAACUCCCUUCUAAACCAGGCAGUAACCCGAACCCUAAAACUAACCCUACCUCUAAACUGAAACGUCAGAUUGUCCUUUCCUGUUUUAGCCUUGGUCACUUUCCCACUAAGGAUUUCAGCAUGUAUUUGUACCCAAAAAACUGCACGACGUUUAAUUAUCUGCGUCCAGCCGAUAACAUAAAUAACGAGCUGGAAGUAUACAGCAGUUUUAUAUCGUGCAGAAAAUCAAUACAGAAACAUCAAUGUCAUGGUUUGGGUAGUGGCGGCUGAUCAGUAAAAUUAGUAACUUAAAAACACGCAUGCUUCAGCUUCGUACGUGGGAAAAAUGCUUCAGAUUUCAGCAUCCCCCUUCGGCGUACUUUACCUUCAAUGCCCGCAUUGCGCUCACACUGGUGACCAGAACAGCGUAACCGACCCCUACCCUUUCCUGUUCCUUCAACAACACCGACGUAUGUAAAUAGCCACAAGCGCUGUCCUCUCCCAAUUUGGAGGCUAUUUCAUUAGAAAUUAGCGGUGUUGUGCAAAGGUUCCAAUCACGAAGGCCGUCCUUGUGCUAGCCCUCUAUUCCUAAACCGGAAAAGGGCUGAAUGAGAGGACAGUCAGUGAAUAAAAAAGCUCUCCUUCUGUUGGUGCCGCAUGCCUUACGCCAGGCCGUUUCUGUCUUUAGGAUUCUGGAGAAAUGGUCAGAUCAUUUGUCGGAGGACUGGAAAUUAUUGUUAGUUUGCUGCAUUCGGAGCAUGUGAACGUACGAGCAGCGGUUUGCGGAGCCAUCUCAAAGAUCGCUAUGGACGAGGAGAACCUGGCCGUCAUUACGGACCAUGGAGUCGUCCCUCUGAUCUCGUCCCUCUCCCAUACGGUAAGUAGGAUCAACGGAUAAUCUCAUCUUUUUUUUAUUUAACCAGCCCAAAAUCUGUUGCGAUUUUAUAGUAAAGCUAAUUGCAGCCUGUAUGUAGUCACAGUAUGUUUUGUAGUUAUCCUCUGCUCAUGUAAGGCGAAUCUAGGCGUGCCGUUUGACAAUCCGUACCAAGAGCUCCCCUACACAGUUCCUGUUACAACACCAGACAUCAAUUCUGAGCUGUCGAACCAUCCGAAUGUGAAGAACGUGCACCUGGGACUAUAUAUGAACACCUGGUGUAAACAUACCUGCAACAGUCGACUAAUGGCGUAAUGUUCGCUUCUGCCGUCAUCACAACUCCUCCUUACAUAGAUGCAUUCAUGUAUUUUAUCACUUUUUGCGAAAACUAAAGAGUUUGGCAUUGCGAAAAUAGAGUAUCUGUAAGACAGAGAAUGUAUGAUGGACGCUGGAGGCGAAAUGGCCUGCCAAAUCUUCCGACGCAAGACGUGAUACGACGAACUGCAUGAAGGGACUCUUGGUCACCCCCUGUGUCGCGCGCCCGGUGAAUUAAUUCCAACACAUAUGCAUACAUGUGAUGGAAAAUGAUACACGAAUCAGCUUACGCGACGCGCUUGUCCCGAGUGAUUUACUCACGAUCGCUAAUAAUCCAAAAGUUGCAACUCAACCUCUCUUGUAUUUGUUAGUCUCCCUUUCUGCAUAUAUAUAUAUAUAUAUAUAUAUGUAGCUCAGAGGGGGUAUGCAUUCCGAGGUGAUAAAAUGAAAAAUAGAAGUUCUUCGGAAAAGUCGAGUUUUACUCGUGAAUUUUCGAGCUGGUGACACCAACCCGUCGUCAGACGUAAUGAAAAACGAGGGAGAAAGUUAUGUUGUCACAGUAGACCAGUUAGUGUGAUAGGACAGAACAGACCACUGACGUGUGAGAGGGGGGUGGGGUGGGCUCCCGAGGUCAUGGUAGGUCACUGAGUGAGGGGCGGGGAAGGGAGAGGAGACGGAACAAUUACGGCGCACCGUGCUGGAGGGGGAGGUUGGGUGGUGAAUCAGUUGGAAUGCGGGCGGCUGUAUUCGCGGUCGUUGGUGCGUGAUUAGGGCAGGGGGCAGUCAUUCGUGAACGUAGACCCUCGUAAUGGGCAUCUAAGUCAACGUGGCGGUUGAUACUACCCGCAUUGGAGUACCAAGCCUCGAGAAAUUCCCUCGCUCGCUUUGUGUUAGCCAUGGCGACGACCUCAGUGCCAUCCCAAUUGAAUCGGUGGUCGUACUCGAGUGCAUGGGCAAAGACGAGGGACAGGGGGUCUCGCCGACGGAUAGCUAGUUUGUGUUCGUUGAUACGGGUGCCCAGGCAUCGACCUGUAUGGCCAACAUACACGCAAGAGCAAUUAGCACACGGGAUGCGAUAAAUUACGUUCGUUUGUUGCUCUUUGGGGAUGGGAUCCUUCACUCGAGAUAGUGCUGCGAGUAGUGAAGAUGCUGGUUUGUGGGCAAGGUGAAUACCCAAGCGGCUGAACUGCCGGGCAAUUAUUUCAGAAGUUCCACGCAUAUAAGGCAAGGAGUAGAAUUUUCGCGUCACAAUCUCUCCGUUGGGGAUGGGGUCUUGCGACUGUGUCUGGUGCCUGAGACAGUUCUUUACAAAACUGAUUGGAUACCCGUUAGAGCGGAAUAACCGAUACAGGUGAGCAAGCUCUUUGUUCAGGAGAUCGUUGCUGUUACAAUAACGGUAGGCCCGGUGGAACAGAGUUCGUACGCAGCUUCUUUUGUGAGCUGCAGGGUGGUUGCUUCCAUAGUUGAGGAUAAUCUCGGAGUUAGAGUCUUUCCUAUGGACGCUUGUUGACAGGCUACCAUCGCUCAACUUCUGUAUUCUCACGUCCAGAAACGGCAAGCUGUCUCCAAUUGCCUCUUCGCGGAUAAACUGUAUGGCUGGGAAGACGUCAUUCAGUCUCUGGUGAAGACGCUCGACUUCGCACUUCUUUAUUAUGACAAAGGUGUCAUCAACGUAACGAAGCCAUAGUUUAGGCUUGAUAGUUUGGAAAACUAUCUCUUCUAGUCGGUGCAAAACUAGUUCGGCGAGCAGUCCUGAUAUUGGUGAGCCCAUCGGGGUUCCCUUUACCUGUUGAUAGUACCUAUUAUCAAAUUGACAAUAGUUCCUAAGGCACAGAUUUAGCAGUUCAAUAAUGUGCUGCGUUGGGAUCUCAAUAGGAUUGUUCUGUAGGCGUUGGGCUACGCAUUCAAUCGCCAAAUCGUGUUGUAUGGAAGAAAACAAGGCAACGACGUCAAAGGACAGGAAGCAUUCAUCGGUACUUACUUUGAGGCCUUGUACCCUGCGGAGGAACGCUUGAGAGUUGUUAAUGCUGUAGUCCGAUCCAUGAGUGAGCCGCUUCAGACGACUGUAUAACCACUUAGCCAUAUUGUAAGUGGGUGAUCCGAUAAGUGGCACUAUAAUCCUCAGGGGGACAUCCACUUUGUGCACGUUCGAAUACAUAUGUGUAUCACGAAUGGAAGAGAAUAUGCGCAUCCCAGGUUCUUGUUUAAAAGAAGAAGAAGGCGAAGGCACGAUCACUGGGACAGUGAUCGUGCCUUCGCUUUCUUCUUUUAAACGUAUGUGUGUAUUUUGUGGAAGGGGGGGGGACGUUCAUUGACCAGGUUAGUGGACGUGCUGGUCCCGUUGUGCCAUGAGCUCAAUAUUGGGUGCUUGUAGACAAUAGCUUAGCGACCUGUAAUGUAUGUAGAUAAGGGAUUGCCGACAAAGAUAAGGAAAUCUGGAGUGACCAUUUCUGACUUAUUGGCCGGUUUCCCUUGUCUUUGCCGAUAAUACCUUAUCUACCUAUACUGUUAGUCGUUACGCAACUGCCUGCUGGGUUAAAGAUCAAAUCUCAGAUCACAACGAGACAAAGGGGAAGCAUAAUUUGAUCGUUAGCCGCUUUUCCAAAAAUAGACGAACUGCCGAAAAAGCCAGAAUAAAUUCUGGCAAGGAUGCUCGAGACUGCCGUAUUCAUUUCUGACUUGCUAACUGUCGUAAGCCAUCCCUAGCCCAUCGCGGAUUCUAGAUAUCCCCAGACUUGAGCCCAAGCUCCUGGGUCCAAGAACCUGCCUUUAAACCGCAGUGUCAUUUUACGGUCAUUCACCACUCUCACAGUUGAUUAAACAAACAUGCAUAUUUAUAUGUACUAUGUCAAGAUAAUUAUCUUAUCAGACUCUUUUUCGUAGGGGGACUUAAAGCCGAACAACUCGCAGACGAGCACCUUUAAUGUUCUGAACCUCCGUCGGAAUUGUUAUCACCGCCCCACCCUCUUUCCAGACAAAUCGAAACUCCAGAUAUGACUUAUGCACGAAUGCGCUAGCGCCAAUUUGAUUUAUUUUCCUUCAGAAAAACGAUAUUCUUCGUCGACCGCUGGCGGACGCAAUUGCCCGAUGCUGUUGUUGGGGCACUAAUCGCAGCGAAUUUGGAAAGGCCGGUGCGGUGAGACCGCUUGUCGGCUACCUCAAGUCAACAGACCCUGAUGUCCACUGCUCCACAGCUAAGGCUCUCUACCAGCUCAGUCGUCAGCCCGAGAACUGCAUGGAAAUGCACGCCGCUGGAGCCGUUGACUACCUCCUAGAAAUGGUCGGCUCAAAGGUUAGAGAACCCCCCCCCCGCUCAUACUUUUCUUUCCCCUUAACUGAUAACAGUCGUCUUUCCUGCAUGCGUUUGACCCUAGGAAUUGGAUAUUCCUGUUUCAUUUUUCCGGAAUAAAUUGAAAACAUAAAUAGAAUGUGAACCCUGCGCUGAACGCACACGGAAGUAGCUCAUGUGAGGUUUAUUUACAUCCGAGCGAGGCGAAAUGGGCGUAAAUAUUUCAUGCAGGCAAAUGCUCUACAUUAAUGCACGAAGAGCACUGUAAUAAUUACGAUCAAACGGAAUCUCUGAGUUUCUUCUCUUCACUUUAGUAUAUUUGCACUUUUGGUGUGCAGGAGGGGAAACCUUAUGCGAAAUCAAGUACAAGUUGAAAAAUCGAUUCAAUCACGACUGCUACUGAAACCACAGAGUCGAUAUACUCUGCUACUGCGCAAGGGAGUUAACAUUUGCGAAUAAGAGCAAGAUGUGGAUUGAGAUGAACGGAGAGUCUGAACCGUGGUUUUGUUUGAUCACUAAAAACAGAUUAGAAACGCGUAAAGCUAAGACUACGUUCCUCGGAGUGAACCGUUAUGUUGAUCAGGAAAUCAACGUAACCUUCAGAGCAUAGGUGAAGUACUCUCACUGUCUGGUUUAGCAGUAUAUCCUGCUGCUCCUAAAUAGGGACCUCCUUAAGCUCACAAAUAUCGUUAUAUCUUAUGUGGAUAUCACUUUUAUCGAAGGAUCGUGAAAGUUUUCUUCUAUUAUAAGGUUUAUAUGGCUGAGUGAUUCUCUUUGAACUGCAGUAUCAGAAGCAACAAGCUAAUUUAGCACAGUAUUUCAGCAUUUACGAACGGUCUUAUGUAUGUAUACAUGUUUCCCGUUAUCACUCCGAAAGCUCUCUUCAUAAGUGUUGACUUCAAAAAGUUGCUACACGUUGUAAGCAAGCUUAGAACGUGGGAAAACUGGACUACAAGGAAGAAACCAGUGAUACGGUGACUUCUGGGCUUGACAUCACAUAUGUUUGUGUUAGAUGUCUUCGGCCGUGCCAGCCUCCACUCUUCUUGUUGGUGUUGGUAAAAAUCCUGACCAUUUGUUGAGAGGACCAGGGGGUGCGGUGUGGAGCGCCAAGGUGAGGAUCCGUCCAAGCCAUCCACCUGCGGCCUCCCUCGUCUCCGGUCUUAUUGACUCUGCCUUGACACCGGGCUCAGGCGGGGAAGGAGGAGAGAGUGUGGUAGAUGCAGCGCAAGUCUACUGGCACUAUAAACUCCUGCGAAAGUCACCGUCCCUGCUCCCACCACCUGCUAUGGGGCAUACGGUGGACAUCGUCGAAAUCGACGGUCGGACUAUCGUGUGUUAGAGGGACCCUCGCAGGCAGUCGCAUAGCACCUAUUAGUAUAAACGGAAUAAGGUUGCCGGACCAGUCUAUAAUCUCAUUCGGCCAUAUAUAUAUAUAUAUAUAUAUGUGCAUAUAUUCUGUUGGAAGCGUGUUCCCUGAUCAGGUGACGGGACAUACCCAUCUCAGUGUGGCUUCGGAUCCAAUAAAGAACUCUUGCAAGCAGUCACACAUCAAUCAAGAAUGAAUGAUGAGGGGGGUCUCGACGAAAACGAGGGAGAUAAGGAUGGCCAUUUGUGACCAUUGGCUUCUUGACCCGAUUGGUAGACGUAUUCUGAUUGCAGCCAACUGGACAAGAAGUUCGUGGCUCAAUCGGACCCGGAUUCGAAUUUGGGUCGGCCAAACCUUGGGCGAAGCAUGUUUGGCUGAUGAUGGCUACCACGCCAGAAGCGACCGUUUCAUUCCCCUUGUCUGUCGACAAUCUCGUCCUGAGUCCUGGUGAAGGGGCGCUCAUUGAUCACGCUACGAGACCUACUCGCAAUACAUACGGAUUAAGAUUAGUAAAAAAAUAAGGGAGACUGUGAUACCCAUUUCUGGCUUUCCAGCCGUCAUCAGCCAGCCUCACCCGACCCCGGGUUUGGUUGCACUCGAGUUCUGGUCGCAACCGAUGGGCUGACAAGCCCAUGACCUCAGUGGUUAGAGAGUUUAACUAAUAAACAAAAUAGCGGGCUUUGAGGAUUCAGGUGCAGUCAAACCUGCGGUUAGGUGCCUUACGGGCUCUCUCUCGAGCCCAACCAGCAGCCACACAGCAGCGCAUGAUAUAGGCGGAAUAGCAUUACCAACAAAGACAAGGGAGACUGGAAUGGCAGACAUGUGCAUUCUAUCUAACAACAUUUUGAGCAUUAUUUACUGCCCGAUUGCCCUCCCUGCCGAACCGUUUUAAAAUGAACUUUCCUCUUACUGACGAAUCACGUGUGGAUGGGUGCAGAACAAUGAACUGAUAUAGGCAUUUCGGGACAGUGAAUGUCAUUCUGUAGAAGAAGGGCCGGUCAAAACCUCUACCGAACAACGCCUACUCUUAAAAAUUAUUGCAGGCCUUUGUCCAUACUUUUUCCUUUCCCCGCGCACAUACUUAACCCUCACCGGUUACACCAUGCUUCUGAGAUUGCCGGUCAGUCCUGUGCCGAGGGCAAGUGCUGUAUAGGCUGGUGUUCCCUUCCUAACUGCAAUUAGUAUUCAGAACGCAGUCGGUUGUCUGCCCGUUGAAAACACCUCUUAACCCAGUUCACCUGGACUUUCCUGCCCAUAGAACGCUGAACUGCAGUCCGCUGCAGCUGCCUGCAUCAGCAACAUUCGACGACUGGCACUGGCCACGGAGAAGGUGCUCCAGGAGAGACGAGUCAAGGCACAGGCUGAGUACCUCAGGCAACUGGCCCAUCAACGCCAGCAGUUGGAGGCCGGUGGCAAACAGGCUGGCAACGAGGAAGGUGGCGAGGAAGAGGAGGAGGAAGAAGAGGAGGAAGAGGAGGCGACUGCAGGCAACACCGUGACAGCUGCAGCCUAG